ACAGCGGAGACGGUUAACCAGCUACAGCUAACAGCAGGGUCACCUUAGUCACUACGGUCGUCCGAGCGCAAGUUUGAAGGUUUUCUGACUGUCAGAGAGGAAUUAAUAUCGUUCAGUGAAGGUAACUGACUUGAAGGUGUCCGGUUUCCUCAGUCAGAGGGAUUGCGAUGCCCUCUGACUUUAUCUCCCUUUUCAGCGGGGACCUCGACCUGAAUUCUCCCAGAUCCUUGUACUCAAAAGAGUCAGCGUAUGAUCUUCUUCCUAGAGAGCUACAGUUGCCUUCCUCCACUCAGCAGAGCCCAACAGUCAUGAGUCAAAAGAGCGGUGGAGAGGCAGGGCCUCCCCCCUCAGCUGCUCUAGCAUCAGAUGCCAUGUCCUCCUCUAUGACCAUGGAAGGCCCCCGCAGUGCUUUUUCCACCUCUUCCAGCUCCAUCAUGCAUUCCAGUGCUUCAGCCAGUGACCAGAACCCAGUUCACAGCGCGAGUGUGGACCCAGAGGACACCAGGAGUAGCAGAGCGGUUCCAGAGGUUGUCGGAGCAGAAGGUGGGAACGGUAACAGCAGCAAUGGCAGUAGCUGCAGGGGCAGCAGUGAGCUAGGAGGAGGAAGAGAGAUGACCCCAUCGAAGCGCCGCACUGUACUGAACAUCUCGCCACCUCCACAAGAUCUGUUUGAUGACAGCCAGAUGUCCUGCCAGGAUGAGACAUCCCUGGACUCGGAGCAAAGUAACAGCAUCUGGAUGGAGGACUCUCUCUCCAACUUCAGCAUCAUGAGCACUGUCUCUUACAAUGACAACACAGAGGUGCCACGAAAGUCCCGCAAACGAACCCCUCGGCAGAGGCCUGGUCCGAAGUCUGUGCGUGCAGGGGAGGCCAGCAUGGAUGUGUUUGAUGCAGACAGUGCCAAAGGUCCACACUUUGUCCUGUCACAGCUCGGCCCUGACAACAAGACUGGACUGAAAGGAAGCUCUGAUGAUCCUCAGACUACUCACCAGAAAGGAGGAACUCUUUCGACGCAAUACCCACAGAAGAGCGAGGGGAAGGAGUUGAAGAUCCUCGUCCAGCCGGAGACUCAGCACCGAGCCCGCUAUCUGACUGAAGGCAGCAGAGGGUCAGUGAAAGACCGCACUCAGCAGGGCUUCCCUACUGUAAAGCUGGAGGGAGUGAAUGAGCCAGUGGUUUUACAGGUGUUUGUGGGCAACGACACUGGACGUGUUAAACCUCAUGGUUUUUACCAAGCUUGCAGGGUGACUGGCCGCAACACCACAGCCUGCAAAGAGGUGGACAUCGAUGGCACAACAGUCAUUGAGGUGUCACUCGAUCCAAGCACCAACAUGACCCUAGCAGUGGACUGUGUUGGGAUCUUGAAGCUCCGUAAUGCUGAUGUCGAGGCCCGCAUUGGUGUAGCUGGGUCAAAGAAGAAGAGCACACGGGCACGGCUGGUGUUUCGGGUUAACAUCCCCCGUUCAGAUGGAUCAGUGCUCACGUUACAGACCCCCUCAUCUCCAAUCCUUUGCACCCAGCCAGCAGGAGUGCCUGAAAUCCUGAAGAAGUCUCUACACAGUUGUACGGUGAUGGGUGGAGAAGAGGUCUUUAUCAUCGGCAAGAACUUUCUAAAAGACACCAAAGUCAUAUUUCAGGAGAAUGUUUCUGAUGAGAAAUCGUGGAAGGCCGAGGCUGAAAUUGACAUGGAGCUGUUUCACCAGAAUCACUUGAUAGUAAAGGUUCCUCCGUACCAGAACCAGGCCAUCACCUCUCCAGUGUGUGUGGGGAUCUAUGUGGUGACGAAUGCUGGAAGAUCUCAUGAUGUUCAGCCUUUUACCUACACUCCAGAUUCAGCAAAAAAUGAUGUUCCUGUGAAAAAAGAGGCACCUUCUCCAGUGAAGACUUGUUCAUUUGAUGAACAAAUUAAAGUUCUAGAUGGUGCCUUGAUGCCUACGCUGUUGCCUUUAGUGAAGAGAGAAGAUGUCACUCCGAUGGAAGUCACCAGCAACCUGCAAUCUUCUAAUGUAUUUAAGACAGGUGACCUGUGUCCAGCCCAGCAGAACCCAGACAUGACUGCAGGCCAUCUAAAUAAAACCAGACAAUUCUCAAACAACUUGUCUCAGCCUGCAGGUGACCCUGACAAAGGCCAAGCUCCUGUUUUUCCCAAUGCAGAGCCUUUAAGCACUAUCCAGAAGCAGGACAUUGCAGCCACCAGCUCCUUCUCUGUGCCAGCUGACUCUCUGCUCCAGCAGGGAUCACAGCAGUUCCUCCUGGAGCCCAGAGAGAGCCUCGGGCAGGAGAGGCCCGGCAGCGGCUCUGGAGCUGUGGGGAGGCUGUGUGGAGAACCUGCGCCUCAACAGCAGCAACUGCCACUGUUCCCACCGGACGAAGUAGCCCAGCUGGAGGAGGCAGUGAGGCAACUUAAAGCUAAAGGGUUCUGUAACUUACCGCUUCAGUCUGACAACUCAAUUGCCAAACAGCAGCAACAACAACACAUCCAGCACCAACAACAGAUCCAAAAACAGCAAAUCCAGCAGCAACAGCAACAAAUCCAGCAACAACAGCUUCAACAGCAGCAACAGCAGCAGGUUUUGGAGAACUUACAGCUCUUUCAGUCACAGAUUCAGAUGCAGUGUGGCAUGUUUCAGGAUUCCUCUCAGGCCAAGAGCGCGGAGCAGCAGGGCUCAUCACAGGGAGUGGUGCCAAACCAGGGGACUCUUUUCCAACAGGCCCAACAGCAGCAACAGCAGCAGCAACAGCAACAGCAGCAACAAGCAGCUCUCUUUCAGCAGGCGAAUGACCUGCUGUCGAUUCAGACCAACUUUCUGCAGCAGACGCCCUCACACUCUUCACCACCCAUGUUCCACAAUCCCAGUUCACUGGCUGAACCACAAGAAUCACAGGGGGGGUUGUUUCAGAAAGCCUCUCAGGAGCAGGUCCAGGCCGCUCUCUUCCAAAACACCAUGACAGUACUACAUUCUCCAGACCAGCGACCCUCAACCCCUGGACUUUUCCUCCCUCAGACGCCCCUGCCCUCACAGCUCACAACCAGCAGUGCUCAACAGCAGCAGCAGCAACAACAACAACAACAACAACAGCAGCAGCAGCAGCUGGCCUUCCUCAGUGCUCUGCAAACACCUGCCCCUGAACCACAGUCAGUAUUUCAGGCUCAGACCCAGCUUUCCCCAAUCCAACAGAGAAGCCCCAUGGAGCAGCAGCAGCCCUCCCAGCCUCAGCCCCACGCACAGCCAGCCCAGCAGGCGUCCCUGUUUCAGAACAUCUCCCCACAUCCAUCUGCAAACACACUCUCUCCAGGCCAGCAGCAGCAACAGCAGGCCAAUCUACUGUUCUGCAACAACCCCCUAUCUACGCCGGAUCAGGCCUCCAGCCUCUUGUUCAGCAGCCAGGGCCAGAUGCCACCACUGACCAGCAGUAGUCUAGUUUCCCAAGAACCUCAAAACCCCUCUCUGCUCUUUUCCCAAGCCAGCAUGGUGACAGUAAACCAGCAGGAUCGCUCUGAGCCCAUGGCCUUAGGGAACCCCACCGAUCCACGACAGCAAGUCAUGUUUCAGGAGCAACAGCCGAUGCAGCUGGGCAGCAGCUCAAACAACCGGCAGGACCAGCCUGUGGGCCUCUUUAUGCCUCAGUCUAACAUGGCCUCUCUUCAGGGGGGGCUGGCCGCUCAGGAGCUCGCACAGUCAGCCAUGUUUGCAUCACAGAAUGGCGUAGCAAACCUCCAGACGACCACCUCCUCCCCUGUUCAACAGCCAGGGACUCUGUUUCAGACCGCUGUCAGUGGGAGCAUCAAUCAGCCAAGCCAACCCCAACAACCUGGCCUCUUCCUUUAUGGGAUUCAGAAUGAAUGUGGCCAGCUGAUGAACACUUCAGGAAACACGCUGUCGGAUCAGAUUAUAGCCAUCAGCCAGUCUGGUCAGAACCAAAGAGAGAGUGAUGCACACAUCCAGUCCCUGCUCAGCCAGUCCCUGUCUCAGUCUGGGCCUGUGCAGAACAGCAUGACUGCCUCUCAGAACAUGGAGAAGAUUGAUGACCUGCUGGUCAGCCUGCAGGAGCCAGGAAGCAACUUAACUCGUUCGUUCUAACCUUCAUACAGAUUUUUCUUUUAUUUUGAUACACAGAAUAAAUGUAAAAUGUGCUGAUAAGCACAUGCAGUAAAAGAUUUGUGAAUAACCCCCGCAUCAUGAAGUUCUGAUUACCAAAUAUUUCUCUGCCCAACUAAAAAAAUUAUUUGGUCUACUUCAGGUCUGAGGAUUUAUUAGGAAAGAGCAGUGAAGCUGCUGCUAGCUUUGCUGAGUCAGUCUCGUACUCCUGAAAUUGUCCUCAUGGUUAUUCUCCAGAGUGGCAUGUAUGGUAUCUGUUAUCUGAUUGUUAAGGACAAACUGGACAAAUUCAAAUCCAGACAGUGAACUAAGAAUGUGGGCUGGCUGCAAAAAGUCAAUAUCUCAUUUUGACUUGACUGAUUGAAUCCCCAUUGUAACAAACGUGUAGAAUUGGAUAGACUCCAGGUGAGAACAGACAGAUUAUGAUUUACUGUUCUGAGAGAAAUGCACCAUUUGGGGAUUUUCUUCAACCUUUCCUCCAAAAGUACAAUAACUUAGUGGUCUUGUUAUUCAUUGAACUUGUGAAGUGUUGUGUUUAUCUGUAGAUAUUUUGUCAGUGAUUUUAUGUGCCGCGUCUUUCACUUCUCGUGGUGUUUUCUAAAGUGUUCUCCAAAGUGUUUAGUGGUUUCCAUGAAUAGUGUUCCCUUUAAUACUCCUUUUGUAUUUUUUCAUUGAAAGGAAGGUGGAGUGUGUGGUAGAGCAGAAAUGUUUAGAUGGACUGUGGUACGUAUAGCUGAAUACAGUGAAGAUGUGGAAGGUCGCUGCUGGUUUGAAAAUGAUUUCCACCCAGCAGUGCAGAAAGGUAUUAAAAGAAGGUUAGCGGGUAGAGAUUAGGUAGAGAAAUGUAAGUUAAAAGAAAAGUAGAAAAGAUUCCUGCGCUGAUCUGAUGUGUAGUUACAAGCACGUGUCUAAUAUGUGGAUGCUGAUUAUUCCAACCUACAUUGCACCUGAUAAUAUGAAUAUUUACUCUAGCUGUCUCUGAUAGCCAACAAAUUGACUUUGGUUGUCAUUAAUGAUAAGAUGUAGAGAGAAAACGAGCUCAGUAGAUGUAUAACUGAAGUAAUGCAGCAUUUUGUUGCUGUCUACAAGUGGCCUGGCUAAAUAAGACAUCUUAUCCUUUUCAGACUUUUUUGGUGCCGUGAUGUGGAGCAGUAAAUUAUGGCAUUACAAAUCAAAAUUUGGCAUUGAACAAGGAAACACUGGCACUAAAAAAAGUUCUUCUGAAAGAUUAAACACAGGUAUUAAAAUGUGUUUUAUUUUUUAAAAUAUUUUUUGCAUCUGAUGUUUUUUUUUAA